AUGUCCGAAACUCCCUUUUUUGGUCUUUUCUGCAUUGCCGUGGUGGUCAAUGUGGGCGUAACGUUAAAGUCGACGGGUCUUUGGACUGUGAUUGCGGCCAAAUUGGGCAUGGCUCCUCCGGAUGCGAUCGCAAACAGCGAGCCCAGCGAUCCGGAAAAAGACAAGCAGCAUUUGGAGCUCAUCAAGCGGUACCUAUUGGUCUACCUGCUGGCUACGAUGAGUGAUUGGCUGCAAGGUCCCUACGUCUAUGCUCUCUAUGCCGAUUAUGGAUACGAACAACACGAAAUUGCCAUUUUAUUCGUGGCCGGAUUUGGAUCCAGUAUGGUCUUUGGAUCCUUUGUGGGAGGAAUGGCAGAUUGGGGUGGGAGAAGAACGUUUGUUAUCCUCUAUGCCAUGUUCUAUGCCCUCAGUUGUAUGACCAAGCACUUUCAAAACUUUUGGGUUCUCAUGUUGGGACGACUCUUGGGAGGUGUCGCCACGUCGCUCCUCUUUAGUGUCUUUGAUGCCUGGCUCAUUCGAGCCCACAGCGAUCGUCACAUUAAAAACUAUUUGGGAAAAUCCUUUAGUUGGGCGUGCUACGGAAACUCCAUUGUGGCCAUUGUGGCCGGUCUCAUUGCCAACAAUGCCGCCAGUUCCUUCCCCAUGGCCAAAGUAUUCGAUCAAACCAACCUCUAUUAUGGAGGAUACCUCAAUCCUUUUGAUAUUUCACUCUUGGCAUUGGGUGUCUGUGGAGCCUGUGCCGCGACGCUGUGGGAAGAAAAUUACGGGGACGACGGAAUUUCGGCCGCAUCAUCCAAUGAUUCCGGCAGUGCCGACGAUUCGCAAGCCAAGAAAGGAUCCAACGGGCUCUGGUACGAUGCCCUCUACCAAGCCUUUCUCAUGGCCAUGCGAAACAACGAAAUUCUAUUCUGUGGACUCAUCUCCAGUCUCUUUGAGGGAUCCAUGUACAUUUUCGUAUUCAUGUGGACACCGGCCAUGACGGGAGGAGACGCCGAUAUCAAAUUACCCUUUGGACUCAUCUUUUCCACAUUCAUGGUCAACUGCAUGAUUGGAUCGUCUCUGUUUGGGAUUUUGAUGGAUAAAGGAAUAAAGGUCGAAAACCUGGGUGUGGGUAUCUUUGCAUUGGCCAGUUUCUCCAUGUUUAUCGUCGCCACGGCGUCCAACAAAACCAUGGCAUUUAUUGCCAUGAAUCUCUUUGAAGUCAGUGUCGGACUCUACUGGCCUACCAUGGGGACCAUGAAGGGAAGCAUCGUUCCCGAAAGCAAGCGAGCGGCAAUCUACAAUCUCUAUCGAAUUCCCUUGAAUUUCAUUGUCUUGUUCAGUCUCUUGACCGAUUUGACACCCACCACAUCCUUCUUUUUGAACACGAUCAUGCUGGGAACGGCCACUGUCUUGCAGCAUUUGCUUCGUAAUCGCCGUGUUGUGCCGCAAGGAACCGCCGAAAAGGACUCGGCGACGGAACCAUUGGUCUCCGCCAAGUCCAGUGAAGAUAGUACAGAUGAUCUGUUUCUCAAGGCAGAGACGGCCUAA